AUGAACUCUCCGCUGCUGCGACAGGAAUAUGGCGUCUCGUUGACUAGCUUGCUACCUCCCAGGGCACAAGGUCAUUCCAGGUCGUCGUCAACAGCGAGCGAGUAUGACACGGGAUUUGCAGGACCAAGCAGGUCUCCAAGCACACCUGAACCAGAUGAUUACCUUCACACUCCAGACCCAAAGCGUGAUCUUAAGAGUGACAAGGGAGGCCACAUUUUCACUGCGCGAGGGAUUGCAAACUUGGGAUGCCUGUUUCUCUUGGUCGUAUUGAUGCUGAUGUUAUUCCUCGUGUUCCCAAUCAUCAGUCACCUGUCUAAGAAAAAGCCAACCCCUCAGAGUGGAUUUAAUCUCGGUGGCACCAACGCAACGGGGCAGAUUCCAUCCAUGCCUGGCAACCGCGGCGUCAUAGACGUGGAUACUCCGAAGGAAGCAUACACGAAGGCAUCGUACAUGAACCAAAACGACAUGUGGGACCUUGUUUUCUCUGACGAGUUUCAAGUUGAAGGACGGUCAUUUUAUCCCGGAGACGAUCCAUACUGGGAGGCUCCAAGCUUGCAUUACUGGGGCACGAAUGAUUUGGAAUGGUACGAUCCAAGCCAAGUAACAACGAAGGGAGGCGCAUUGCAAAUAACGCUGGCGAAGGUUGAUCCUGCUUCAAACCACAAUCUUACAUACAAGUCAGGCAUGGUCCAAACAUGGAAUAAAUUCUGUUUCACAGGCGGCCUCAUUGAGACUUCCGUUAUCCUACCGGGAUCUAACAAUGUCCAUGGUCUUUGGCCUGCUAUCUGGACAAUGGGAAAUUUAGGUCGCGCAGGCUUCGGUGCUAGUUUAGAAGGAUUGUGGCCAUACUCAUAUGACAGCUGUGACGUCGGCACGUUGCCAAAUCAAACUUAUCCUGGGACAUCCAAGCCGCUCGCUGCUGUACAGAACGGCGACCCUGAUCAUGGUGGCGUCUUGUCAUUUUUGCCCGGUCAACGACUGUCAGCUUGUACCUGCCCUGGUGAAUCACAUCCCGGUCCAGUCCGUACAAAUGGCGAUUAUGUCGGUCGUUCCGCACCGGAGAUCGAUAUCUUCGAGGCGACAGUCGAUGGUGGGAUUGGCAAGGUCUCCCAAUCGGCACAAUGGGCUCCUUUCAACGCGGGAUACGAAUGGUUGAACACUUCCAACAAUCUGCAGAUUUAUAAUUCAGACAUGACUGUUCUGAAUCCUUACCAUGGGGGAGCGUAUCAACAGACUACUAGUGGUCUCUCGCUCACGGACCAAGACUGCUAUGAGCUUGAUAAGGGUUGCUAUAGCAUCUACGGGUUUGAAUACAAACCAGGGUUCGAUGCUGGAUACAUCACUUGGAUUAGUAGCGGCGAGGCCGUCUGGACAGUCUAUUCUGGUGGACUUGGGCCUGAUACCGAGACCGAAAUUGGUGCCCGUAUCAUCCCUCAGGAGCCCAUGUAUAUCAUAGCCAACCUUGGAUUCUCACUCAAUUUCGGAGGGAUUGAUUUCGAGAACCUCCAGUUCCCUGCGACCAUGUCGAUUGAUUAUAUUCGCGUCUAUCAGCCUUCAAAUGCGCACAACAUUGGGUGUGAUCCCCCCGAAUUCCCAACUGCCACUUACAUCGAGACAUACAAGGAAGCUUAUACUAACUUUAAUCUUACUGGGUGGAGCUUCCCGAACUAUAAUCAGACAGUACCUAAGAACAGAUUGAAUGGAGGGUGUUGAGCACUUAUCCACGCCAUCCGUACAUUCACGACAUGCAGCAUCAUUUGCUUAUUGGGACUUGGGUUAUUUCAUUGCAUAUCAUUCUUGCAGCACACGCAUUUUACUGACGGUUCUUGCACAUGGGACUUUGCAUAUCAUAAUCUUGCACAUAUCCUCAUUACAUUCACGACUGUUACUUACAUUUGGUAUACAUGCUUAUACUUAAGAUAUUUGGUUCGUUGAUUUUUAA